GUCCAAUGGUGAUAGGUGGCGGGUGGCGGCAGGUAGCGGCGGCGGCGGCAGGGAUUAUGCUGGUGGCAUGCGCAGCCUUGUCGAUAAUGUCGUCUCCACCUCCUCCUUCGUCUUCCCUCCUCUCGUCCUCCUCCUUCACUUCGCUUCUCUCCAAAAUCUCCAACUCGAUCCCUUCUGUCAAGCCCAAACCCUCCGCGACCGCAGCGAAGGGUCAUAAGAGCGCCGGGCUGGAUGCCAAGGUCUCAGCUCUGAUGCAGGAGGAGCUGGAGGACGCGAGGAAGGAGAAGAAAGUGGCGAGGAGGAAGGAGAAAGUCGCCUUGGAGAUGGGAAACAUCGGAGCCACAAAGACUGGUGAAUCUUCCAGGUACCUUGGGAUCUUCUCGCCGACACGCAGGCAGAAGUUGGAGAUGAAGGCGCUGAGGGCGAAGUUUGUGGAACUGCGAAGGAUGGAGCAGGAGGACAAGGUGGCGAGGAAGAAGAUUCAGAUGAAGAUCGACCAAGACAUCAGCAAGCUAGCCUCGAGGCAGAUCUCAGCUCACGAGGCAGCUGAGAAGGCACAAGAAGCUGCCGAGAAGAGAGCAGCGGCGAAGGCGAUGAAGUCUGCAACCAAGCUGAGUGCCAUCAUGGCGAAGAAACUUGUGAAGCACCAGGAGAUCAAGAGCAAGCGAGCUGCUGCAACCCCAUACAAGUCCACUUCUGAGCAGGUGCUGGCAGACAUGUCGGAGCUGCUGCUCAAGUUGCCUUCCGUGCGACAAGCACUCAAACAAUCUCUUGACAUCAAGGAGCUCGAGAUUGCUGAGCAGAUCGCAAAGAGUUUGAAUCAGACGUGGGACUCAGCCCUGACGCCCAUCGACCCGAAGAUCAUCGCAGAGAUUGCGGUGGCAGAAGCAGAAGCCAGUAAGAACUCAAUGCCUCAGCUCAAUGUGACUGUCUCGCCGAUCGCUCAGGACUUGCAGACAGCAUUUGAGCAGGCAAAGAAGGAAGUUGCGAUCAGUGAGAAGGGCAAGUGAGAGAAAUGGAAAGAGACUAAGUAGCUUUUGACAUCUGUAGAACAACCUUUGAAUAUGUUUCAAUGUAUCAACUUUUUC